AACCGUUUUUCGUCGGUGAUGCAUUGCAUUUGACACCUUAACCACGAAGCAAAUAAUAAACAAGACGCGUGGUAGCGUGUCUGUCAAUUCUAUUUCCAAUUCAUCGCAAUUUCCAUUCACCUUCCUUCUCUCAACAAAACCCUUCCCCUCAAAUUUUCACCUCACAUUUUCUCUAUCUAAACCCAACCCCCUCUCACUUUCUCUCUCUAAACCGUUACAACAAACAACCAUGUCCUCCACCGCGCCACCCGUCCUCCCCGUCUCCAACACCCCUCCGGCAUCCACCACCGUCGCAUCUGCCGGAUCCGACGCCCCUGCCACCUCCCCCGCCUUCCGCGCCCUCAUCAACAACCUCUCCGAAUCCCUCCGCAACGGCCUCUCUCAGCGCCGUCCCUGGUCGGAGCUCACCGAUCGCUCCGCAUUCUCCAAACCGGAAUCCUUCUCCGAUGCCACCCUCCGCGUCCGCAAGAAUUUCUCCUACUUCCGCAUCAACUACUACGCCGUCGUUUCGCUCAUCCUCGCCGUGUCGCUCCUCACCAAUCCGUUCUCGCUCAUCACCUUGACCGGCCUUCUCGCUUCCUGGACAUUCCUCUACCUCUUCCGCCCUGCGGAUCGCCCUCUCGUUCUCUUCGGCCGCACCUUCACCGAUUUCGAGACGCUCGCGAUUCUCUCCGCACUGACGAUCUUCGUCGUUUUCCUCACCAGUGUCGGUUCCGUCCUCGUCUCUGCUCUCAUGCUCGGCGUCGCCUUUGUUUGCCUCCAUGGCGCAUUCCGCGUCCCUGAGGAUCUCUUCCUUGAUGAGCAGGAGCCCUCUCAGACCACCGGAUUCCUCUCCUUCCUCCGCGCUCCUGCUGCCGUCGCCUCCGCCGCGGUUCCUUCCGUCACCGGUCGCGUUUGAUUGAGGAUCGCUUGGAUCUGGUAGCGGUAACGUUGAAUUUUGGUACCUGGAAGUGAAAUCUAUGCAGAAAAUUAAUUCCUGUUUUUUUUAUAUUUUUUUUUUAUCAAUUUUAAAUGUUGAAUUUCUUGAUCUGUAUUAACAUAUUCGAUUAUACAUAGGAUGAAUAUGAAUCUUGAUGACAUUUGUACGGAUCUUUGGUAUUUUGAUUUUGUAAUAUACAGCAUUUGCAAAUCUUGUUGAUGGAUC